AUGUUCUCUCAAGUGUACUCUAGCCCCUACAAUCCUUGGUCCGAGACCACUCUGGAUGUGAUUGUGCCGCUUCCAACCACCUUGUCGCCCGUUCGAAAGCUCGUUGUCCUCGGUGUAUUGUGCUCGGCCCAGUUCUUUGACAUCUUCAUCGCGAACGCUGUCGUUGUUUCAUUGCCCUCGCUUGCCGAGGACCUCCACUUUACCCCUGGCGCUCUUCAAUGGAUACUCUCGGCGUACACACUCACCUUCGCGUCUUUCAUGCUCAUCGCCGGCAGUUUAUCGGAUAUCUUCCACCCAAAACAAAACCCAUAUUCUGCCUCGGCUUCGCCUUUAUCGCCAUAUUCAGCGCCCCAGUGGGGGCAAGCGUCCACCCCAUAA